CCUGCUCCUCGCAUCCCGGGAUCUGAGAGAGAGAAGGUCUGCAGAUCAGAUCAUUAUGUGGAUUCCAUGGUUUGCUGUGAUCUGGACGGUGGUCGCCUUCUCUGCUGCUGACAAUUCAUGUCCAGAAGUGAAGAUUUUAGGAAUUGGAGACUCCGACAAACUGACCAUACUCAGAGGGUGCCCAGGCUUUCCUGGAUCUCCUGGCCAAAAAGGAGAAGUUGGGUCACCUGGAGUAAAAGGAGACAAUGGACUUCAGGGCAUCGCAGGGAAGCUCGGCCCUCCAGGUGUAAGGGGUGCUGACGGCUCCAAAGGCGAAAAGGGGCAAAAAGGUGACCCUGGAUUAUCUGAGUCCGUGUAUGCUGCAAAAAACUGCAAGGAAUUACUGGAGCGGGGUGAAGUGCUAAGUGACUGGCACACAAUAUACCCAGAGAGCCUGAAGCCGCUAAAGGUUCUGUGUGAUAUGCACACUGACGGGGGCGGCUGGAUUGUUUUCCAGAGGCGCUGGGAUGGCUCUGUUGACUUUUUCCGGGACUGGAACUCAUACAAGAAUGGAUUUGGCAGUCGUCUGAAUGAGUUUUGGCUUGGAAAUGACAACCUUUAUAUGCUGACAUCGUCAGGCACAUGGGAAAUGCGGAUUGAUCUUCAAGAUUUUGAAAACGCAAAGCAUUACGCCAAGUAUGCGUCUUUCCAGGUCCUGGGAGAAGAUGAAAGUUAUAAGUUGUUACUUGGGGACUUCAAAGAAGGCAACGCCGGUAAUGCAAUGGACGCUCACGUAGACCAGCCAUUUGCCACAAAGGAUAAAGAUUUAACAGCGGAAAAAUGUGCCACCCUAUACAAAGGCGGCUGGUGGUACUACAAGUGCCAUCACUCAAACCUAAAUGGACUUUAUCUGGGCGGACAGCACGCCUCGUAUGCCAAUGGAAUCAACUGGGUCUAUGGAAAGGGUUUCAAUUACUCCUAUAAAUUCUCAGAAAUGAAGAUCAGACCCGUCCAGUAAGAUCACACCAAUAUAAAGUGGAAAAAAAAUAAGACAAGAACUGAAAGGAGGACCUCCAGCUGAAAACACGUUAGAUUGCAAUAUGUUGACAUAUAGGACCAGAUUUACUAAUGUCUCUGCUAAAAUUCUGUCUAUAAAGUGGCACAAUCUGGCGCAUUUCCACACUUUUUCUGACACGUUCAACAAGUAGGUGGAGCUUAGCAGAAAGGGUGGGGCUUAAAAGGGAGGGGCCUAAUAUUCACUAUUUUGCCCCCAAAUUGCGCCACAAUUCCUGCAUAAAAAUUUGUCUCACUAUAAACAACCAAUAGUUGGUACAGAGUCAGAGAAGAGUGUCUACCCCUGCUCCACAUGUAUCAUCUAGCCUGAGCCAAUGUGCCGCCUUAGCCGCCUGUCUAAGCUUACGCCAUCUUUUAAAUGAGUAAAUCUGGUCCACGGUGUCUAUGUACACCUUUGGGGGCAAUUUUUUUUAUUUGUUCAUUAUACUCACUAUGAGCUAAAAAUAUUUUUUUCAAUUGGUCUUUAUUAAAAAUAUGGAAUCCUUUUUUCUGUACAGGGCUGAGA